CGCGCGAAUGUGUUGUUGCCAGUCGACAGAUGUUUUUUCGUCUUCGGUCCGAAAACGGUGAGAAAAAGGCGGGGUGGAGGGAGCGAAUGGAUACGGACAUUACAAGUGGAUUUGCAGAUGGGAAUCUCCAAAUAAAUGUACUUGCACCAUCAAACUCUGACAGAAUUACUCAAUUCAUCAGGACCUGGAUAAUAGCAACCUUUGUCUUCAAUUAUAUAGGGCAGUACAAGGGGACAAUUUGCAGUCAGGAAAGUGAAAUGAAACAUCACUUCAGGAUUUGAUGGAGUUGCCCAAUUUUCCUUAACCUGAAUAUCACUGGAUUUUGAACAUGGAAGGAAACAGCACUGUCCAGAGUGGGGAGAAACUGUACAUGUGUUCUGUGUGUGGACAAGACUUCGGCCAAUCUUCCGGCCUGUCAAGACACAAAUGCAGACACACUGGUGAGAAACCAUGGAAAUGUGAGGAUUGUGGGAAGGGAUUCAGAUCCCCUUCAGAGCUGGAAACCCAUCAACGCUGUCACACCGGGGAGAGGCCAUUCACCUGCUCCAAGUGUCAGAAGGGAUUCACUCGGUUAUCCACCCUGCUGUCACAUCAGCGAGUUCACACCGGGGAGAGGCCAUUCAUCUGCUCAGAGUGUGGGAAGGGCUUCUCUCGGUUAUACCACCUCCUGACACACCAGCGGAUUCACACUGGAGAGAGACCAUUCACCUGCUCAGUGUGUGCAAAGGGAUUCACUCAGUUCUCCAGCCUGCUGAUACACCAGCGGGUUCACACUGGAGAGAGGCCAUUCACCUGCUCUGAGUGUGGAAAAGGUUUCACUAAUUCAUCCAACUUGUUGGAGCACCAGCGAAUUCACACUGAUGAGAGACCUUUUAAAUGCACAGAGUGUGGGAAAUGCUACAAAAGUUCAGGGGAAUUAAUAUCCCACCAGCACGUUCACACAGAUGAGAGACCAUUCACGUGUUCUCACUGUGGUACUGCAUUCAAGACAGCGUCUGGCCUCACUAAACACCAGCGAGCUCACAGCGGGGAGAAACCGUUCACUUGCUCUGAGUGCGGGAAGGGAUUCACUCAGUCAUCCAACCUGUGGAAACACCAGCGAGUUCACACUGGGGAGAAGCCAUUUACCUGCUCUGAAUGUGGGAAGGGAUUCGCUGAAUCAUUCACCCUGUUGAGACACCAGCAAAUUCACACCGGCGAGAGGCCGUAUACCUGUCCCCAGUGUGGGAAGGGAUUCAAGCACUCAUCCAACUUGCUGACACACCAGCGGGUUCACAAGUAACUACAAUAUUUGGAUUUGGCUGUUAAUCUCAUCAAAUGUUCAUUGUGGUGUGUUUCUGUUGAUGUUAAUAAACUAAACCCCAUUUCAA